UGAUGGGCUUUGGUCAUUUUAGGGGUUGAUGCGGUUUUGCGAUCGGUCUUGUCGAAAUUAUGGGUGUUGGUCGCAACUUGAUCUCUGUUCAUCCCGAAGAGCUGAGGUUUCAAUUUGAGCUGGAAAAGCAGAGCUGUUGUGAUCUGAAGCUAGUGAAUAACACUGAACACCAUGUUGCCUUCAAGGUGAAAACCACUUCACCCAAGAAGUACUUUGUACGACCAAAUACUGGUGUUAUACAAGCUUGGGACUCAUGCGUCAUAACAGUCACCCUCCAAGCUCAACGAGAGCAUCCUCCUGAUAUGCACUGCAAAGAUAAAUUUCUCCUGCAGAGUACAAUAGUACCUCCAAAUAUUGAUGUUGAUGAAAUCCCACCAGAUGCCUUCAAUAAAGAUGCUCAAAAAACAAUAGAGGAGUGUAAGCUUAAGGUUGUUUAUAUCUAUCCUGGUCAAGAGAAUUCAGGGGAUGAUGUAUCAUUUAUGAAGGGCUCCAAGCAAAGUCCUGAUGCUGAAUCUGCCCGUGCAGUGCAACGUCUGAAGGAGGAAAGAGAUGCAGUUCUUCAACAAACAAAGCUAUUGCAACAUGAACUGGAGAGGUUGAAGAGACUCAGUCGUCGGACAAGUGACCCAGGCUUCACCUUCACGUUUGUUCUGUUUGUGGGACUCAUUGGUGCCCUGGUUGGUUUUAUCUUAAACCUCGCAUUGUCUGCUCCCCCUACAGAAUAACUUCAAUUUUCUUCAGGAUCCCAUGAGAUAAUCUUGUCUACCCACAUGUAAUUUUUAAUGUUUUAUU